CUCUAAACUUAGCCGACGACUCGAGGGAGACUCGUAGUCGAGAGUAGUUCAGUGCAAAACCACCAUCCUCUCGGGCCACUUUCUCCGUUCUCUGGCCGAUUGGUUCUCCCUCUUUCGUGCGUAAUUUCCACUCCAGAUUCGAAUAUAACGAAGGUGGCAGGCGGGUAAUCGAGUUGCGAUCCGAUCCGCAACCUCGUGGUCGCGGUCCGUUUCCAUCUAGUCGAGCAGGAAACCAGAAAGAGAGGAAGUCGCGAGGAACGAUUGUGCACAUCCGUGAGAAUCGAGGGAGGUGGGUGUGCGUGAACGGAAAAUAUACCUCGGAGAAUGGCCUACAGCUGGAACAAUCGGGUCGAUUUCAUUGUAAGGUUUCUCUACGACACGGACAACAAUGGCAUGGUGGAGAAGCACGAUUUCGAGUGCAUGGCUCUCAAGAUGACCCUGAUCGAGGGCAAAGGGGAGUUCAGCUAUAGCCGAUACCAGGAGAACCUGCACAUCAUGCUCUCCCUAUGGGACGAGAUCGCCGAACUCGCGGACUUCAACAAGGACGGUAUAGUGACCAUCGAGGAGUUCAAGGAGGCGGUACAAAGAAGCUGCGUCGGGAGACAGUACAGAGACUUCCCGCAGGCGAUGAAGAUGUUCAUCGACAGCCAUUUCAAGCUGGUAGACAUGAACGACGACGGUGUCAUCGCCGCGGACGAGUUUCGUUACAACUGCGUGACCAGAAUCCCCGUGGACAACGUGCACAUUCUGGACGAAGCCUACCAAAACCUGCUCAACGACGACGACAGGAAACGCGGCGGUCUGACGCUGUCGCGCUACCAGGAAUUGUACGCGCAAUUCCUCGGCGAUCCAGACGAGAACUGCCCGGCGGUUCACCUGUUCGGCCCUCUACACGCCAUGGGUUGACCGCAACGCCCCAAACCCUUCGCAUGGUACACGUACAAAAGACAAUCCCUGAUUAUACCUUAUUUAAUAUAAUUGUUAUUUAAGUUCUGCACAGACCACGCAAAUAAAUCGCAUUAUUUUAUCGUAAAAA